GGGAGGAGGACUGCAGGCGGGAGCGGGACCUGGCUGACGGUGGCACCGAAGUUUCCUACCGUCGCGCUCUCACCCCGGCCGGCGUCCGUGCCAUGCCGGAGCACUGGGGGCGCGCUACAGCAUGAAGGGUGGCGAUCAGGCUUAUACCCGAGGUCCCUCUUUGGGCUGGCUCUUUGCUAAGUGCUGCUGUUGCUUCUCUUGUAGAGAUUCAUACUCUCAUUCCUCCAGUGAGAAUGGGGGCAAAUCCGAGUCCGUGGCCAACCUGCAGUCUCAGCCCUCCCUGAACUCCAUCCACAGUUCCCCCGGUCCCAAACGCUCCACCAACACCCUCAAAAAGUGGCUGACCAGCCCUGUGCGCCGCCUCAACAGCGGAAAAGCAGAUGGAAACAUCAAAAAGCAGAAGAAAGUCAGAGAUGGGCGGAAGAGCUUCGACCUGGGAUCACCCAAGCCUGGGGAUGAGACGACCCCUCAGGGAGACAGUGCUGAUGAGAAGAGCAAGAAGGGUUGGGGUGAAGAUGAGCCAGAUGAAGAGUCACACACCCCCCUCCCACCGCCCAUGAAGAUCUUUGACAACGACCCCACCCAGGAUGAGAUGACUCUGGAAGGAGGCUCUUACCGGGGGAGCUUGAAGGACCCUACAGGCUGCCUGAAUGAAGGGAUGACCCCUUCCACACCUCCUAGAAACCUGGAAGAAGAACAGAAAGCCAAGGCUCUGAGAGGCAGGAUGUUUGUUCUGAAUGAACUGGUACAGACAGAGAAGGACUACGUCAAGGACCUGGGGAUCGUGGUGGAGGGCUUCAUGAAGAGAAUAGAAGAGAAGGGGGUCCCUGAGGACAUGCGAGGGAAAGAAAAGAUCGUGUUUGGAAACAUCCACCAGAUUUAUGACUGGCAUAAAGAUUUUUUCCUGGCUGAACUGGAAAAAUGUAUCCAAGAGCAAGACAGAUUGGCCCAGCUCUUCAUUAAACAUGAGCGGAAGCUGCACAUUUAUGUGUGGUACUGCCAGAACAAGCCGCGCUCUGAAUACAUCGUGGCUGAAUACGAUGCCUACUUUGAGGAGGUUAAACAAGAGAUCAAUCAAAGGCUGACCCUUAGUGACUUCCUCAUCAAGCCCAUUCAGAGAAUAACAAAGUACCAGCUGCUACUCAAGGACUUCCUGCGAUACAGUGAGAAGGCUGGUUUGGAGUGUUCCGAUAUCGAGAAAGCAGUGGAGUUAAUGUGCCUUGUCCCCAAGCGCUGUAAUGACAUGAUGAAUCUGGGACGCCUGCAGGGCUUUGAGGGCACCCUGACCGCCCAGGGCAAGCUUUUGCAGCAGGACACGUUCUAUGUGAUUGAGCUGGAUGCUGGCAUGCAGUCCCGGACCAAGGAGAGGCGUGUGUUUCUCUUUGAGCAGAUCGUCAUCUUCAGUGAACUUCUCCGAAAGGGGUCCCUCACCCCAGGCUACAUGUUCAAAAGGAGCAUCAAGAUGAAUUACCUGGUCCUGGAAGACAAUGUGGAUGAUGACCCCUGCAAAUUUGCACUCAUGAACAGGGAGACUUCAGAAAGGGUCAUUCUGCAGGCUGCCAACUCAGACAUCCAGCAGGCCUGGGUGCAGGACAUCAACCAAGUCCUAGAAACACAGAGGGACUUCUUAAAUGCACUCCAGUCACCCAUUGAGUAUCAGCGGAAGGAAAGGAACACAGCAGUGAUCCGGUCCCAGCCUCCAAGGGUUCCACAAGCCAGCCCCAGGCCCUAUUCUUCUGGCCCAGUGGGCUCAGAGAAGCCCCCCAAGGGCUCCAGCUACAACCCGCCUCUGCCACCCCUGAAGAUAUCUACCUCCAAUGGCAGUCCAGGGUUUGACUACCACCAGCCGGGGGACAAGUUUGAUGCUAGCAAGCAGAACGACCUGGGAGGCUGCAAUGGGACCUCAUCCAUGGCUGUAAUCAAAGAUUACUAUGCACUGAAGGAGAACGAAAUUUGUGUGAGCCAAGGUGAGGUGGUCCAGGUCCUCGCCGUCAACCAGCAGAACAUGUGUCUGGUGUACCAGCCUGCCAGCGACCAUUCCCCAGCAGCAGAAGGCUGGGUCCCAGGCAGCAUCCUGGCACCCCUCACCAAAGCCACAGCAUCGGCCGAAAGUAGUGACGGGAGCAUCAAGAAGUCAUGCUCAUGGCACACUCUACGCAUGAGAAAACGGGCAGACGUGGAGAACACGGGUAAAAAUGAAGCCACAGGGCCCCGUAAACCCAAGGAUAUUCUGGGCAACAAAGUCUCUGUUAAAGAGACGAACAGUUCCGAGGAGUCAGAGUGUGAUGAUCUUGACCCUAAUACUAGUAUGGAGAUCUUGAACCCAAAUUUCAUCCAGGAAGUGGCUCCGGAAUUCCUUGUGCCCUUAGUAGAUGUGACCUGCUUGCUUGGAGACACGGUGCUACUACAGUGCAAAGCCUGUGGGCGGCCAAAGCCCAGCAUCACCUGGAAGGGUCCAGAUCAGAACAUCCUAGACACUGACAACAGUUCUGCCACAUACACCAUCUCCUCCUGUGAUUCUGGAGAAAGCACCCUCAAGAUCUGCAACCUGAUGCCCCAAGACAGCGGGAUUUAUACCUGCAUAGCAACAAAUGACCACGGAACUGCAUCCACGUCUGCUACAGUUAAGGUGCAAGGUGUACCUGCAGCCCCCAACCGCCCAAUCGCACAGGAGAGGAGCUGUACCUCCGUCAUCCUUCGCUGGCUACCCCCAGCCAGCACCGGGAACUGCACUAUUUCGGGGUAUACGGUGGAGUACCGCGAGGAAGGUUCCCAAGUCUGGCAACAGUCGGUAGCUUCGACCUUGGACACGUACCUGGUCAUUGAAGACCUUAGUCCUGGGUGCCCUUAUCAGUUCAGGGUCAGCGCCAGCAACCCCUGGGGAAUCAGCCUUCCCAGUGAGCCCUCGGAGUUUGUGCGCCUUCCAGAGUAUGAUGCGGCUGCUGAUGGUGCCACCAUUUCUUGGAAGGAAAAUUUUGAUUCUGCUUACACCGAACUGAAUGAGAUUGGCAGAGGCCGCUUCUCUAUUGUAAAGAAAUGCAUUCACAAAGCGACCCGCAAAGAUGUUGCCGUGAAAUUUGUGAGCAAAAAAAUGAAGAAGAAGGAGCAGGCUGCGCACGAGGCUGCCCUGCUCCAGCACCUGCAGCACCCUCAGUACAUCACGCUCCACGACACCUACGAGUCCCCCACAUCCUACAUCCUGAUUUUGGAACUGAUGGAUGAUGGCCGACUCUUGGACUACCUGAUGAAUCACGAUGAGCUGAUGGAAGAAAAGGUAGCUUUCUACAUCCGAGACAUCAUGGAAGCACUGCAGUACCUUCACAACUGCAGAGUUGCACAUUUGGACAUAAAGCCUGAAAACCUGCUCAUUGACCUCCGGAUCCCAGUACCUCGAGUGAAGCUUAUCGACUUGGAAGAUGCUGUCCAGAUCUCAGGCCACUUCCACAUUCACCAUUUGCUGGGGAACCCUGAGUUUGCUGCCCCCGAAGUGAUCCAAGGCAUCCCUGUCUCCCUGGGCACAGACAUCUGGAGCAUCGGGGUUCUGACAUAUGUCAUGCUUAGUGGGGUCUCCCCCUUCUUAGAUGAGAGCAAAGAGGAGACCUGUAUCAACGUGUGCAGGGUGGAUUUCAGCUUUCCCCAUGAAUACUUCUGCGGUGUGAGCAACGCUGCCAGGGAUUUCAUCAACGUAAUCUUACAGGAGGACUUCCGGAGGCGGCCCACGGCAGCCACGUGCCUGCAGCAUCCCUGGCUACAGCCCCACAACGGCAGCUACUCCAAGAUCCCCUUAGACACCUCCCGUCUGGCCUGCUUCAUAGAACGCCGCAAGCACCAGAAUGAUGUGCGUCCCAUUCCCAAUGUCAAGAGUUACAUCGUCAACAGGGUGAAUCAAGGGACAUAGCUAUCCCAUAACCCCCUGCGGUUUCACAUAGAAGUGCAGUGUGAACCAAAGCAAGACUGAGCGUGUCUGUAAAUAACUCUGUUCAUCAUUUCACUCCAUGUGGUUCUCUGGACUGAGAGGUGGUCUUCUUAAACCUUGUCUGUGAUUACGUGGGGUCUGAGCAUCAUGAAAGUCACCUUAAUCCCAGGAGCAUUCCAGACGGUCAUGCUGAAGAAGUAAAGAUACAGAGUUACAGAAAGUAUUAAAAGAAUGGACAAGGCUAACAAGAUAGUACUUGGUAGAAAAAUGUUAAUUGUACAUUCCAAAACGAGCAGUUAAGUGGGCAAGCUGUAUACCCACUGUGAGCAGUAUAGUAGGUUUCUGAUUCCAUUGAAAAUUUAAGCAAAAAAAAAAAAAGUUCUAUUUAACAGAGAUGUCAACUAUUCUGCUUUAGAUGGCGUAGAUAUAGUUUCUUAACAGGAUACAUAUACACAUACAAUAUAAUAGAUCUCAUUCAGGUUUCAGAGUUUUAUAAUAUAGAGUUCUAUAUGAAAUCAAUCAUAAGUAACUUUGAGUGCUCCAGUUAAGACAGUAAUUUAUUUACCGAAGCAUUGCAUUAUUUUGACUAAGCACAAUUAGAUGAUGAGUUUUUUUAGAGCAUUUUAUAAAUCUUGUAUAGAGAUCUUUUAUCAGAACCUGUGUAUUAAGAGAAACCAAUGUGACCCUUUUGUGAUCUGUGAAUGGGAUAUUUUUUCCUCCAUCAUGGGUUGUUUGAAUAAGAUAGGUUCUGUAUAUCAAAGCUUCCCCCCUGAACUCAUUGGCAGCUCAGUGUUCCUUCUGUGGGAAGGACUGCCAGGAAAUAAAUCCAAAUCUAGUAA